AUGACUUUCCCAAUUGGGAAAUAUGCGAACAUCGUCAUUAACAAUGACAACACCCUGCUAGCCAUUAACUCUUCUGGCCCAAAAAGCGUGGGAAAUGGUUCCCCACCCAAAUGCGCAAUGUGCCUGACAUCAGCCAUUAACUCUUCUGGCCCAAAAAGCGUGGGAAAUGGUUCCCCACCCAAAUGUGCACUGUGCCUGACAUCAGGAAAUGGCCCAAUUAGGAAAUAUGAGGAAAUAUCUUUUGGGUGUGACAUUGGACAACAAAAUAUAUUUAGUAUUCAUGGAGUUUGCAAGACUAAUAGCUCAUUCAGGUUGACCAGAGAGAUGCCAAAAAUGGCCUCCAGCUUUCACUGA